CGUCUCAAAGUGUCGGCGCGUCAUGAUGAUGACAUAGAUGUCAAAUGUGGUUUUUCCGAGCUAACAUGCUUCUGUAAAGGCUGUAAACUUGAAAUUAUGGCUUUGAACCACCUGAGUCUGCUGCGCCCCCUGCUGUGUCAGUCCCUGGUGCGACAGGUCAGGUCUCCCCUCGUGGCCACCUCCAGGGUCCGUGCACCACUUCUGUGCCCCGACACCACCUGCUACCCCGCUGCAUGCGCCAGACUCUAUGCCACCAAGAAGGCGAAAGCCAAGGCAAAGGGCCAGUCGUCUAAGGUGAAUAUUAAUUCGGCUCUAGUGGAAGACAUCAUCAGUCUGGAUGAAGUGAAGGGGGACAUGACAGCUGUUCUCAAUGCACUCAAAGAUGACUUCACACGCAACCUCAGCAUCCGAACCUCGCCAGGAGCUCUGGAUCACAUUGUGGUGACGACACAAGAUGGGAAGUUCCCUCUCAACCAACUGGGUCAGGUCUCCAUGAAAUCCCCUCAGCUCAUUAUGGUCAACAUGAGCAGUUUCCCAGAGGAUGAGUGUGUAUUCAUGUUAAAGCAUCCCACCACUUUGUUCAUGAAGUGUUUUCUUCAGGACUUUUUAAACACACAUGCGCGGACUCUCGCACACAUUCCUCUACGCUCGCCUCUUUGCUUUGAACCGUGCCGUCAAGCGUUUGAUGUGGAACUUCAGUGUAAUUUCUCUUCCUCUUCAACAUAUUAACCAGAACCUGCCCAGCCUAUCUAGAGAAAUUGCCCUCGGUUUUCCAUAACCACCGGAGUGGUCGUCGAGAGAGAGGAAACGGGGAUGAAUUUGAUGCUGAGAACAAUCAAACAUAGGUAUGGGCUGAAUCUAUCACCCCACACUCAAAGAGAGCAACCAGAGGCCUGUGCUCCGGAUGAUUUUGACAAAGGAAAAGAAAAGAAACCUCAUGAAUUAAUUUAACGCACACAAAUAAAUUCCUUUAAUCUCGCUGCCAUUUUUUCCCCCCAGCGGAUAAAGCCAAAAAAAAAAUAGAGGAAAUGAUAUGCUCUUUUUCCUCACAUUGCACAUUUGCACACUUUUGUAAAGCUCAGCUAAGGGAAUUGUUAUGCGGUUUCAGAACUGGUUUGAGGAGUGUGACUUUGUUUUCAAUAAUUCGAAGGAUUUGGCUUCCUCCCCUUUGUCCGUAUGCACUGUUUAACUGUAGCUCUCUGGUUCUUAUGUAGUAAUUGCUGGACUAUUGUAUCUGGUGGAUCAAGUUUUUAUGUUUAACAUAUGUGAAUGCUGUUUUAAUACUGAGUUACAUGUAAGCUUCUUUUUUCCUGCCUGCAUGCCUACCAAACAAAUACACUUUUUCAUAAAAUUCCAAAGAAGCCACGAUAUUAAUUAACUGAUAUCAAAGUAUUGUGUGACUGUGGACCAACACUUCUCAGAACCGCUUAACAGUGUAUCUGAUCCUGCGUAGUGGUGAGAUAUCGUUGAGCAUUUACAGCACAGCUGCCUCUCCAGCCAGCGUCCACAUUGACACUCAAUCACUUGUUCAAUCACAAAAAACAUAAUGCUCUUCUUUUCAUCUCCCUCUGAUUAUCUCCACCCUUUAAAAAGAAGACAGAUGGUGUUUGGGAAAUAUUAGUUGCAUUUUUUUCCAACUUUUUCAAUAAGCCAUUUGUAGACAGCAGCUGAAAAUGAAAUUUUCUGCAGAUGUUUUUAUUUUGAGUAAUACUUUUGUCCCAAAUAUAUGUCCAUCUAUUUAUUUCUGUUGAUGUAGUUGCAUACAUUUUCCCUUUUGCUCUUAGUGUGGGCAAAUGUCUUGGAUCUUUUAAGAACAUGGCUGUAGAUCAGAUCAUCCGUUUGUCUACUUUACAUUUGCACCAAUAUUUCUAUUCAGUUACAUCACAUACAGUGUCAUGUAUGAUGAUGCCAGAUUUUAACAGAAUUUAAUGUCCAUUUUCACAGACAUGAGGCUGAUCUAACACUGCAUACAGUGUCUUGCAGACAGUGACUUUUUGCAACAGUGAACAUAGAUGGAAAAGCACAGGUAAAACAUUAAAAUGGCUCUGAUGUCAUAUAACAAUACGAGGAUCCUGAAGAAAUCAAAUUCAUAAUCAAAUUGUCAAAAUAUGUUCUGUGAUGAGGCCUACUAAGGAAAUAGUAUUAACGACACUCAACUUUUUAAAAGUCCUAGUAGUGCAAGCAUCAUUGAAUGUAUUGGUGGUUCAACCAUGUGAAAAUGUUACAGUCAUGGUGCCUGCCUCUGUCUAAAGACCAAAAAAUAUCAACGUGUAACCUAAAUGCCUCGGAUCUCCAAAUGUGUUGACUUCUGCCUUCCAUAUUGGUUAAACACAGUAGAGACCUCCCUUUUACCCCCACAUAACCACAAUACAAGAUAUGUUCUCUUAGUUAAAGUAAACAUACAUGUAGAUGUGCUCACCUCAAGAUAAUUACCAUUUCCCAUCUUCACGAACAAGCAAUUUGCUCCUUUUUAUAUUGAGAAAUAAAGAUUUUAAAAUGAAUACAUACAAACUCCAAAGCACAUGUGUGUUUGUGUGUAUCCAUGUAUCAUACGCAAACACAAGCAGACUCGCCUGUGAGGUCACCAUGGGUCAACGCCCUGCCCUGCAACCUCUCAGUCCUGUCCCACAGGGCCGAGCGCUGACAGUGGCCCAAGGCACUUCCACACUGCAUGGGCUUCC